GUCAGGCCAUGACGACGCAUUCGUUUUUGCGCGCCCGCGAAUUAUAGACGUCUAUUUUUUAUUCAUCGAAAUUUAAAUAAAUAAUUUUAUCGAUAUCCUUAGUUUUUGGAGUGUACGCGUCACUAUUUUCUUUACCGGCACACCCCGCGUUCGAUUUUCAAACUUACCGCCAUCUUGUUUUUUUUUUUUUUAAGUAACUUUCGCGCGUUCUGUGUUGAUAUACUCUGUGACCACGUGGUGCGUUUUAGGACAAACUUCUCUCUAAAAGAAAAAUAUGUUAAAUGUGUCCAAAAUAGAAUAUUAUUUGUUUUUUGCUAUAAAGUAAACUUUGUAAAGAACCUAACUGGGUGCAUCGAGUUUGAAGGAGUUUUAUUAAUAGGAUAACCAAGAAUCUCAUCACGUACAAAGCAUGUAUUAUUUAGUUCUCAUCCUCGCCACGGCGGCGCUGGCGGGCGGCGCCAACGUCAACAGACAUCUGAAGCUUCUCGCAGAAAUUGACAACCACAUAGAAUCUAAUGGUGAGAUACAAGCAGUGCCAGCCCCAUCAUCAAAGCGGUUCAUAACGCUAACACGGCGGCCCGCAGCGCGCAACGCACACCGACCUGGCACGACGCUGGAGCUGACUUGCGAAGCGAUAGCAGCACCCGCGCCCUCCGUGCAUUGGUUCAAGAACGACGCGCCUGUGUAUGAGUACGACAAAGACUCGAAUGAGAUCAUAGACUCUAAUCCAUCCUCCCUGGCGCGAGUGUCAUCGACUCUACUUAUAUCGAGAACAGAUGGGCCCGCGCAGUAUACGUGCCUAGUGGUGGCCGGUCAGGGCACGGUCAGGGCUAACACCAUCGUCUACAGCACGGAUAGCAGCACGGACACCUCAGAGCGCUCCAAGCUGGUCCCCCUCUCGCCUCGCAUCCUGGUCUCCUAUAAGGUGUUCGUGGACACCAUCGGCAACAACGUGGUGUUGCCCUGCCGCGUCCGUGGACACCCGCGACCCAACGUCACGUGGCGGACCAACGAUGGCCUGGACGUGACCAACGAACCCAGGAUGAAGGUGCUUCGUUCAGGCGAGCUAGUGAUCUCGCCGCUGCUGUGGAGCGACAUGGGCGAGUUCACUUGCCGCGCCACCAACUUGUUCGGCAGCACGGAGGUCAAAACCUUCGUCUAUCCGGCUCGACAGAGCGAUACAGACGGAUAGACAAGUAAAAAGCAUCGAGUAAACCAAGUUCCUGUUGCUAGUUUAACUAAGUUUGUAAGAGCACUUCACACGCGACAAGAAACGCCGCGGUUAAAAGUUAACUACAUAAAAUUUUACUACUUAAUAUAAUAUGUAUUUUCAAACAUCGGCUGGUCCGAAUAAAAUGUAUCAAAUGUAUGUAUAACUUUUUUAGUAAUAUUACUUUGUAUUAUAUUGUUAUUAACAAUAAGUAUUAUUGUUUUGAAAAGUGACAACUACUUAUUUAAGUGAUUUUUAAAAUCUUAAACAAUAGAAAAUAAAAAUGUCUACUACAG